UCAUCAACCGACCAAGAUCGCCAGGUGCGAGUCAUAAGUUUCCGGCCCAAGCCCCAGUGCUGGGAACAUGGCUGCAACGGCCGCGAAUUCUCAACAUUCAGCAACCUGCUUCGCCAUCAGCGGGAGAAGUCGGGGGUUGUGGCCAAGGCUGAAUGCCCGGUGUGUGGCGCAGCGUUUACCCGCACGACGGCAAGGAAUAUUCACCUUGCGCAGGGGAAGUGUAAGGGGAGGGAGUAG